AGUAUAUGCCUUAAUUAAGUGCCGUGCUGAAUUGCUCCAUGUCAAUUCUACCAAAGUGUGACUGUGUAAAUAUUUUGUAAUACGUACUCCAAUUUUUCAUGGCAAAUGACGACAUGGUAUGGGAAGAACUCCCAAAGAUCGAUGCCGAUCCUCCGAGAAUGCGUGACAAGUGUAUACAAUGCAGGAGACCUAUCCCAGUUUGCUGGUGUCUGGGAUUACCAAACACACGGCUAUCUCCAAACUCAAGAGUGAUAAUACUUCAGCAUCCUGCGGAAGUUAAACGUUGCCUCAGAACCGCACCUAUGUUGACGUACGCUUUAGAACCAGGAAAAUGUUUAACAUUCAGGGGUAAAAAAUUUCCACUUCCUCAUCACGAAGGAUUGGCAGACAUUUUGAAAGAUCCAAAUACAGUUAUGCUCUACCCAACUAAUGACUCUGUGGCCCUCGACACGCUGGAUCCUGUAGGAAUCAAUGGUCAAAAACCUUACAAUCUGGUUAUACUUGACGGAACAUGGCCGCAAGCUAAGGCAAUGUUCCAUGGUAGUCCAAUGCUUUACUCUAUACGCUCCUGCAAACUCGUUGGAUUACCCACCAGCGAAUAUGUAAUACGAACUCAACCAACCGAAGGAUGCUUAUCUACAUUGGAAACGGGUACCUUUGCACUUUCUAUUUUAGAGGGAAACUCCCAGCUGAAGGAUGAACUUCUACGUCCGCUUCAAUACCUGUGCCGAUUUCAACUACAGAAUGGAGCUGUAACACAUCAAAGCAAAGAGUGGAGAAUAAAACAAAAUACAUAUCCUAAGCUGAUUGGAAAGAGGCUAGCUAAACAAUUGCGUGUUCUACCUGAAGUUAGUUAGAGCUUAGGUUAGGUUAGGUUACUUAGAUUAAGUUCAGCUUGAACAUGUGCCUGGAGAGAAUAAAAAUUAUCAUGAUAAAAAAGCGGAGUAGGAGCUAUAUUCGUGUCCAGUGAAAGAUCUGCUUGAAUUAAGCAGAAAAUUGACGAGAUGUCUCAGGGAUUUUGUGAUAGAUUUGGCAUCAGAAAUUCUCGAAAUGAUUGAAUAAAACGUGAACUCAUGGUGCACUUUUUUUCCUAUAGAUUUUGUGGGAAGUUCCGAACUUAAGUUGCUGGCUUUAUCAUUCCUUGGAAAAAAAUGGUGCAUUGUAUUAAAAAUGCAAAUAGUGGGUAAUUUUCAGCGAAUAUGUAGCUGUGUGAAGACGAGUGCUGCGUUUACACCAGA